CGUUAUUUUAGUUGUGCAAUCAUGGGUUUGGAUAUUUCUGUCAUUCUCUUCUGUUUAUGUGUUUCAGCAUCUAAUUUCGUGUCUUGUGUGUCGCUCUGUGAUGACACCGCGUUUUGUCCUUCCCACAAACCGUACUGCACCGAGGCCGGGUGUGUAUUUCGAUGUCCAGAGGAUUCUUAUGUGAAUGGAAGCCACUGCGUCCUAGAUUGCGGUGCCAUGUUUGUUGCCCAGAGCGGAAAAUGCAUUGAUCAAUGUGAAGGGGGUUAUUUCAGAGAAUCAGUAAGAGUGAGAGGAAACGAUAUAAUAAAAGAUAAAACAUGUAUAACAAAAUGUACUACACCUGAAUAUGUUUUCAAAAACGAAUGCGUGCAAGCAUGCCCAGUUGACCAGCCAUAUAUUGACACUGUCAAUGAAAAUGAUCACUUGUCUACAACCUCAUACUGUGCUGAAAGUUGUCCUCCAAAUAAACAGUACAAGACAAAUUUUACUAUCAACGGAUUAAGCUAUAUCAAAUGCACAAAUGUUUGUGGCGUUCUUGUUCAAAAUGAAUACUGCACAACUAAAUGUGAAAAUGGUUAUGUGAAAUUAAGUAAGACAUGUUUAAAAACAUGCCCGGAAACACACCCCGUUCUAUAUUCCAGCACGAUGACAUGUUAUAAGGAGUGUACAAAUGACACAUUCAACGUGGAAUGUGCAUGUCCUACAAGUCGCCCUUUCGUUGAAAAUCAAACAUGCGUAUUUAAAUGCUCAGAAGCGAGUCCAUACAAGGAACAGACAAAAGCUAUUACUAUGUGUGUAUCAACUUGUAAGCCUAAACAAUAUGUCCAUAGCUCCAACUGUGUUGAUACCUGUCCGUUAAACACAUUUGUGAACGAUAAAACUUGUAAAGAACAGUGCCCAAAAGGUACAUUAAGUUUCAAUAAAACAAGUAUAUGGCUUUCGUCAAACGGUAUGUGUAUACCUUCCAUAACGAAACUUUGUGUCCAUGAAUGUCCAGGUGGAACAUAUCAAAUGGAAAACAAGUGCGUUUAUGGUUGCGACAAAGGACUAUUUUUAAAGAACAAUACUUGUGUGGAUUCAUGUUUCCCGGAGGAUUUCAGGCAAACGAGAGUAGUUUCAUUCAAAACGGCUUCUAAACUUCUUUGUAAAUAUCCAGACACAUUUAAUACUGAAUAUGUAGAAUGCGUGGAUGAGUGUGAUAAAGACAAUUUUGCAUUAAAUGGAACGUGCGUUUCCUCAUGUCCAGCAGAUUAUGUAGUUGAACAUAAUUCCUGUGUUGAAACAUGCUCAGACAAUAAUGUCCAAGUAAACGUAUCUCUGACGUUAAACGGAUGCAAGUCACGGUGCCCCAUAAAUGUUUACAGGCAAUAUGUUCAGUGUCAAGAAAAAUGCCCAUCUGGGCAGUUUGCUAUCAACAACACGUGUGCAUUCGUUUGCCCGUCAAAUUUACUUGCAUUUCAAGGCUCCUGUGUAGAGUAUUGCCCGCCUACAAGUGCGUAUAAGCAAACGCUUUCGGUGGAGUAUAAAAUAUGGCAGCGUACAUUUUACGGCUUUACAUCGUAUACAAAACAUGCGGACAUUAUUGCAUGCGUUACAAACUGCACUGAGCAGCCAUACACGUUUUAUAACAACGCCUCUCAAAGGUGUGUGCAACAGUGUCCAGCAGAGUAUGUGGUCGACCAUGAUUCCUGUGUUGAAACUUGUUCAAACAAUGGAGUAUUAGUGAAUAUAUCUCUGACGGUAAACGGAUGCAAGUCACGGUGCCCCGUAAAUGUUUACAGGCAAUAUUUUCAGUGUCAAGAAAAAUGCCCAUCUGGGCAGUUUGCUAUCAACAACACGUGUGCAUUCGUUUGCCCGUCAAAUUUACUUGCAUUUCAAGGCUCGUGUGUAGAGUAUUGCCCGCCUACAAGUGCGUAUAAGCAAACGCUUUCGGUGGAGUAUAAAAUAUGGCAGCGUACAUUUUACGGCUUUACAUCGUAUACAAAACAUGCGGACAUUAUUGCAUGCGUUACAAACUGCACUGAGCAGCCAUACACGUUUUAUAACAACGCCUCUCAAAGGUGUGUGCAACAGUGUCCAGCAGAGUAUGUGGUCGACCAUGAUUCCUGUGUUGAAACUUGUUCAAACAAUGGAGUAUUAGUGAAUAUAUCUCUGACGGUAAACGGAUGCAAGUCACGGUGCCCCGUAAAUGUUUACAGGCAAUAUUUUCAGUGUCAAGAAAAAUGCCCAUCUGGGCAGUUUGCUAUCAACAACACGUGUGCAUUCGUUUGCCCGUCAAAUUUACUUGCAUUUCAAGGCUCCUGUGUAGAGUAUUGCCCGCCUACAAGUGCGUAUAAGCAAACGCUUUCGGUGGAGUAUAAAAUAUGGCAGCGUACAUUUUACGGCUUUACAUCGUAUACAAAACAUGCGGACAUUAUUGCAUGCGUUACAAACUGCACUGAGCAGCCAUACACGUUUUAUAACAAUGCUUCUCAAAGGUGUGUGCAAGAGUGUCCAGCAGAUUAUGUGGUUGACCAUGAUUCCUGUGUUGAAACUUGUUCAAACAAUGGAGUAUUAGUGAAUAUAUCUCUGACGGUAAACGGAUGCAAGUCAUGGUGCCCCAUAAAUGUUUACAGGCAAUAUGUUCAGUGUCAAGAAAACUGCCCAUUAGGACAGUUUCGUAUGAACAACACAUGUGUAUUCGUUUGCCCAUCGAAGUUCGUUGUACUUGAAGGAAAAUGUGUGCAAUCUUGUCCCCCAACUUCUCCCUACAAACAGACCUUUUCUUUUAAAGAUGAAAAAUGGCAUCAACACCCAGCAUAUCUGGCAAGGGGUUCGUCGUACAAAGAGCAGAUUACCGCAAUACGGUGUGCAACGAACUGCAGUGAGCCCUACGUUUACGACAAUAUCACUGAUAUAUGUAUGUUGAAAUGUCCAGCCGAACGACCGUAUGCAUCAAGGGUUCAUAGUGUCGAAGGAAUGAGAACAUGCGUUUCUAACUGUACAGGACAAUACAUCUAUAAAAGUGAAUAUUGUGUUGAUUUGUGCCCAAAGGAUAUGCCUUUUGUACAGAGUGGUUACUGCGUGUCAUCAUGUCCAGCAUUUGUCAAUGCGGGAACUUGUGUUGAUAAAUGCCCACAAACGGUACCAAAUAUUUAUAAUGAUUUCACACACAACUAUUGCGUCAACGAGUGUCCUUCUGGACGUGUUUUAGACCGGGAUAAUAACAAAUGCAUUAACACAUUUGAAUGUUCGGUAUUUUUGUACAAUAGAACAUGUGUCAACGAAUGUCCAAGCGACCAGCCAUUUGAUUUAGGCGAUUACCAAAGAACAUGCGUUAAAGACUGUGCAGCCAACAACAAAAUUCAGAACGGAACAUUAAAUAUAUGCAUAAGAUACAGAGAGUGUGAGGGUGGUUCGGAUGGCGUCAUAUUUGACGAAAAAUGCAUCUCAGAAUGUUCUGAUGGUUAUUUGUGUUAUUAUUCCAUAACGGAAGGACAUUUUUCAUGUAUGAAAAGGCAUAUUCCAAUAGUAGUGUGUACUGUAUUCGUUCUUAUAUGGACAUUUGUUGUGGUUUAUGGGGCAGGGAGUAUGUGGGCUUACAUCUUCGUCAUAAGACUUUCCUUGUCAAAAGAUCAAAGAGAGAAGCUGUUUGCGGAAAAACGUGCCCCAAGGAACAUCGAGGUCAUGGAGAACGACUACAGCUUUGAAUGCACAGAUGAAGAUGCCCUUCUUUAAAAUGCAAUUAUGCAAAGAAAAAUCUUGUCCUUUGACAUCGAGCAUCACCAAUCGUCUCUUCCUUUGUUUAAUACGCUAUGAUAUAAUAAACAUUUUGAGCAUCUAAAACCAAUUGGACGGUGAAGCAUGCCAAUGAAGUAACAUUUUGUGCAUUUACGGCUUUGAAUUAAGAUUACAUAUUUGAGGAAAUGUUUAGUUCACUCGCUUUAAUUAUAACAAAACAUUACAUAACAUAACAUAAGAUAGCUCAGAAAUCCGUCUACCUUUUCAAUGAAUGCAUAUAGUUCAAACUACUUUUCGAAUCUUCUAACCUCUAAUGAUGAUAAUGUUGUAAUAUUUACGGAAGAACACCACUAUAUAAAGUACAGUAAUCGCUUCUUAAACACUCCACAGUAAGCACACGGAGCACUCCACUUCUCCAUCCAUUCUUUCUCUUUUUUUUUCUCUCUUGAUGAAUCUCUCCAUUUUUAUUUCUUACACAUUUUCUACUUUUUCUAUUACUACAUGUAUUUACAUGUAUUGCAUUACACGAUCUAUUAAUUAGAAAUCACUUUUAUCAUAGUUAUAAGACACAUUAUUCUCAUUCCUAUGUAUAUGGACAUUAUAUAACUGCAUGAAAUAUUACAUUUUGGUUUUAUAGUUUAUGUGACAACGUAAUCAUUUUUUGCUUUUCAUGUGACGUUUUGGGAAAGGGCCGAUGUUGAUGUUGGAAAAACUCGUGGUCCAAUCCCUUUGCAUGUCCUUUUUAUAUUGAUCGUAAGCUUUGUUACAUUGCACUAUUUGUGUUUCUUUCUUGUUAUCAUCAUCAUAUAAUGUGUAAAUGUAUCAUCAUGCAAUAAAAUAUGUUUAAACUAA